AUGCGUCCCCAACAGCUCGUCGCCGCAGCCCUGACGCUGUCAUCCCUUUCGGCCGCCUGGCCAUGGCCGCCCAACAUGGGCGACAUGAAGGAGGUCAUGGGCGUCGAGAACCUGUUCAAGCGUGAGAACUGGUUCUACGUCCGCGCAGACGACAGCACCACCACCGAGUCGGCUGCCAAGACCACCGCCGCCAAAACCGAUGCCGCUUCAGACACCAAGUCGGCUUCCGCGUCGGGAAGCGAGAAGACGACGGCCGCCGAAACCGCCUCCAAGACGGGCACCGCCGAAGCAAGCGCUUCCGGCACGAACUCGGGCAAAACCACCGACAAAACGACGGGCACGGGCAAGACGACGGGCACGGCCAAGGCGACCGGCAGCACCAAGACGUCGAAGAAGGGGUCGAAGAGCACGUCGUACGACGCCCGUCUCCCGUCGGGCGGCAUCUCGAUGAUCACGCCGGCGGCGACGGACACGUCGCAGUACUACAAGAUCGGCGAGUGGCUGUCGUUCGCGUGGAACUACACGUCGCUGUCGGCGACGCCCUCGGCCAUCAACGUGCUGGCCAGCUGCAGCCUGAACUCGCAGACGUACACGCUGGCGAGCAACAUGUCGGUGCACGAGACCAACAUGGUGUACUGGGACACGGGCGAGUUCCAGAAGACGGCCACCAAGAGCCUGGUGCAGGCGACGUACACGCUCAUCGUGUACGAUGCCGGCAGCAGUAUUUCGGCCACCGCCGCCGCCGGUUACCUCGGCGUUUCGAACACUUUUACCUUUGGCAUGUACAUCCCGCAGGAAUACGUCCCGAGAGCAGAUUGGACUUGCCCUGGCUGCAGCGCCGCUGGUCUCUCCGUCGAGCAGCAGACCAUGCACUUCCUGUUCGGCACCUUCGCCAUAACCGUCCUCAGUUUCUCCUGGUUCGUCAUCGGAUUUGGCAUCAUUUAA